AUGCGAUUUCUUUGGUUCGCACUCGGCACCUUGGCUGCCAGUGCGACUGCGAGUUCAGGGAACUCAACCACAAAUAAAGGCUUGCGCAUUCAGCAUGGGUUUGAGACGAUCUUGGUUCAGCCUUUCGGAUAUGACGGAAUCCGAGUUCGUGCUUGGCCUUUUCGACCCCCGUCGGGUCGAGAGAUUUCUUUUAUUUAUGAUCCUCCCCUUGAAGGCCCGGAAGAUGGCCAGGCCCAUGGCAUGAGCUUUGAUACGGCAUCCAUUGGGAACAAGUCAGAAGAGCUGCGGAAUGGCAAUAUCGUGGAUAACGGCACCGAAACCUUGCUCACGAAUGAAUAUGCACCUCUCAAGUCGAUCAAUCCUCGGUAUUAUUCCUGGAGUGGUCCUGGGAGCGAGUUCGAAGCUGAGUUCUCAUUCUCGACCACCCCUGACGAGCAAGUCUACGGUACCGGCACACAACAAGACCAUUUGAUCAACAAGAAAGGAUCGGUCAUUGACUUAGUAAACUUCAAUUCGCACAUCCCAGCGCCCGUAUUCAUGAGCAAUAAAGGAUACAGUUUCAUCUGGAACAUGGCGUCAACCGGUCGAAUGGAGUUCGGUCCUCUACGCAAUAGGUUCACGUCAGAUGCUGCGACAGUAGUCGACUAUGUGAUUGUGGCAUCCAAACCAGGGGAUUAUGACACUAUUCAGCAACGACUUUCUGCCUUGACGGGCCGUGCCCCUGUUCCUCCCGACUGGUCAUUGGGUUAUAUCCAAUCCAAACUCCGGUACGAGAAUCAAACGGAGGUCGUGAGCCUGGCGAAGGAAUUCCAGUCACGUAAUAUUCCGGUAUCGCUCAUCGUGAUUGAUUACAUGUCAUGGGCCCACGAAGGGGACUGGGCGCUGGAUCCCGCGCUCUGGCCUGAUGUGGCAAGCAUGGCUCAACAAGUGAAGAAUCUCACCAAUGCUGAGAUGAUGGCCUCGCUAUGGCCCGACGUCGGCGAUGAUAGUGUCAACUACCUCGACAUGAUGGCUCAAGGCUUUCUUUCUGCUACUCGGUCUGGUCCUGGCACUACUGAUUCAUGGAAUGGAUCAUAUGUGCGGAAUUACGAUGCCACCAACCCAGAAGCCCGGCGAUUCCUAUGGAACACCCUCAAGAAGAACUACUACGAUAAAGGGAUCAAAAAUUUCUGGAUCGACCAAGCUGAUGGCGGUGCUCUUGGCGAGGCAUAUGAAAAUAAUGGGCAAAGUACCUACGUGGAGUCCAUUCCAUUCCCUCUUCCGGAUGCAUUGUAUGCAGCUGGAACGCAAAAGAGUGUCGGAAAGCUGUAUCCCUGGGCCCAUCAGCAGGCUAUCGAGGAAGGCUUCCGAAACACCACGGGCACCAAAACGGGCGCCCCGUGCGACCACAUCUCUCUCAGUCGCUCUGGAUACAUUGGGUCGCAGCGCUGGUGCUCGAUGAUCUGGAGCGGAGAUACGACUUCUGUAUGGGAAACGCUUAGUGAACAGAUCGCCAGUGGGCUCUCUGCUGCAGCCACGGGCUGGGGUUGGUGGACCCUGGACGCCGGGGGGUUCCAAGUCGACCCCACGGUUUGGUGGAGCGGCAAUAUCGACACUGCCGAGUAUCGAGAACUCUAUCUCCGCUGGUUCCAAUGGGCGACAUUCUUGCCUUUCAUGCGCACACACGGCUCCCGGGCAUGUAAUUUCCAAGAUGCCUAUACGUGUGCGAAUGAGCCCUGGUCCUACGGAGCUGAGAAUACCCCGACUCUCGUGUCCUACAUCCAUUUGCGAUACCAACUCGCCAAGUACCUCCAGGCUAUCUUCCAGCAAUUCCACCAGACCGGUCGCAUGAUCAUGCGCCCUCUCUAUAUGGACUUUGGGACAUCCGACCCGCGUGUGUCUGAAUGGACUCGGCGCAAUAUCAAUGCCACCACGCAGCAGUACAUGUUCGGGCCACGGCUUCUUGUGGCGCCCGUGACUCUUCCAAAUGUCACGGAGUGGUCUGUUUAUCUUCCUCAGCCGAGGGGCGAGAGUUCUCGGCCAUGGACGCACUGGUGGACCAACCAGACUUUCGAAGGAGGGCAAUAUGUCAAUAUCUCGGCCCCUGUUGACCAGAUCCCCCUUUUCCAUUUGGGCUCUCGAGCUGAUAUUUUCGAUGGGAAAGUCUUCUCUUAA